AUGAGUCGAACAGAGCAAUCGCCGGCCACUGCGCCGGUUCUUUCACUUCGCAAAGCCAUCUAUCGCGCAGCCCAUGAUUACAAGGGCGGUGUCACUGCCUUGGCACUCGACAUGGUGAUGGACUACGACAGUCUGCAGAAAAAGGUUAAGCACGACUUUGAACAGCGCUGGCUGGAUCCUGAUGAGCUUGAAGAGCUGAUCCGGCUGACAGGCAGUCCUUUGCUGCUGGAUGCGCUCAUGCGACCCGCCGGUAUGGUUUGGUAUAAGCCUGAAGCAGCGGCACCGACCAAGGCAGCGUUGCUUGCCGUCAGCAAGGUGCUGCAUGAAACUGGGCUGUUUGUUUCGAGCAUGCACGACGGUGCAGCCGACAAUAUAUGGGAGCCGCAUGAAGUCCAGCUGUUGGAGAAACACGGUGCCGAUGUGAUCCGUGCUGUGCUGGGUAUCAUGGCCGGCGCACGCGAAGCUAUGGAGGCGCCCGAUCAUGAC